AUGGUAGAGCCUCUCAACCGCGUCCGUGAGGAGCCGCGACGGCUGCACGAAAUGCUUUCCCCGACAGCCUGUCGCAGCUGUCGAAUGUUAAAAAUCCGGUGCUCUCGAGGUUCACCCAGUUGUUCUCGUUGCCAGAAGAAGAGGGUUGCAUGUGUUUAUCCGGAACCACCGAAUCGAAGACUCCUUGCGGCUCGACGUAACGAGAGGGUUGCCUCUUUGCAGAAUCAUGGUAGACCCGAUGCCAAUUCUGAAGGCGAAGAACUGUUGCGUUCAAGUGGACCAGUAAGGGUACCUCCCACAUCUGAUCCAGUUGAUGAUGAAAUGGCUUUCGUUGAAUUCAUGAUGGAUCCCCAAUCACCAUCAGGCGCUGCUCCAUUACCCCUAUCCUCAGAGUUUUUUCCUAUAUCUCCAAGUCAUGGUAGUCCCGCACCAGAAGCUAUUCCGCCACCAAAUGACAGCUAUAGGACAGCCUGCUUUGUUGGCAGUCCGCGGGACUACGCAGUAUCGGAGGAUCGACGGAGCAUGCCAGAACGGGAGAUUGGCCUGUUGUUAAUUGAGGUAUAUUUCUCAAGGGUUUUCUCGGCCUCGUUGUUGUACGAUCACAAAGCAUUUGUGGAGGGUUAUUGUGCUGGUACGCUUUCAAAGCAUACCCUGCUUAGCACUUUUGCGAUUUCGUCGCUAUUCUGUCGUUCUUCUCCAGCUGAAACGUGUGGCAAAAAAUCAUCUCUUGGUGAGCUCAAAUCGUUGGGAGACCGCGGUCGCGAGUGGGCGCAAUGGGCGAGCGAGUUGGUCUUGGCCAACUCUGACACUCCAGAUUUGGCCCGUGUAUGCUCCUGUGACGUACUUAGUCUUUACUGGUUUGCCGUGGGUGAGAACGAGAGGUCUAUAUUUCAUGCCACCGUCUCACAAACAUCAUUAUAUAUCCUAGAUCGCAAGACAAGUCACGGAAACACAGAUCCCCAGUUCUGGAUCCCUCGGGCUAUUUCGAGGGAACGUGUCCACUGGGCUUGUUUUGUCAAGAGCUGUAUCAGUGAACUUGCCCCAGGUUGCCGUCCUUUUGAUUUGGAUAUAGACUCGAUUAUUGAACGAGGGUCGCCACAGCCGGGUCGGGCUGACCCACUAUCCUUUGCUUCACCUUCGACUGUCCUCAACGGCUACAUUGACUGGUUGGUCUGGGACGAGACCUUUUCUCAGACUAGUGUCAUAUACAUGCUUGAGGCCUUUGGACUUUGGCGUAAAGUCAAAGACUUCGUUCGACAACUGGAAAAGUCAACUUACCAAUCGUGUCUAAGCACAUUCUUUGAACUAGACGGCAAUUUGCAGCAAUUUCACUCGUCGCUUCCUAGCGAAUUCAAGAAUGAUAACCUGAUGGACCACCACCCACAUCGGGAACCCCUCCAGCGUAAUGCAUUCUUUAUUCUUUCGGUUUACCAUCUCUGUAUGAUAUUUCUUCACUCUUCCAUGGUACCAGCCCUAUCACUCUCAACAGCAGGACACAAAAUUCCUCCUGCAGUUAUCAAAAUUUCAUCCAAGACUGCGACAACCCACGCUCAGCUCUUUGCGAAAAUGACCUGCAGCUACCUAAACACAACGCCGGACAUAGCAAAGGUUCCCUCCUUCGUGGGGUACUGCGCGUUUGUGGCGGGAAUGGUGCUUUCAGCAGUCAUGGGUUUCACCGGCCUGGAGAAGGGACAGGGCGUUCGGCGUGAUGGUGCCAUUUGCACAUUGCUUUUGUGGGAGCUCAAGGUUUACUGGCCAACCCUACAAAUUUUCAAAUGGUUCGACGAAUUUGCAACCGAACAGCUCAUUCAGGAUAAGUGA